AUGGCAGCCAAGUUAGCCAAAGACCUCACCCUCAAGGGCUCAUCCACUGCCAUGCCAAAACUGGUCUAUGGCACGGCGUGGAAAAAGGACAGAUCAGCAGAUCUCGUUUAUUCCGCACUCAAAAACGGCUUUCGUGGAAUCGAUACAGCAGGCCAGCCCAAGCAUUACAAUGAGAAGGGCGUCGGGGAGGGUGUUCAGAGAGCUAUCAAGGAUGGCCUCAUUAAACGUGGAGGACUUUUUCUUCAAACAAAGUUCUCGCCUCCAGGAAACCAAGAUGAAAAUGCACCUUAUGAUUUUGACGCACCGCUUGUGGACAAGGUUCAUCAAUCUAUCCAGUCAUCAUUGGCUUACUUCACCAUUGAAGGCGAGGAACCUUACUUUGACAGCGUGCUUUUGCAUAGCCCUCUGCGAACUAUCGAGGAAACCAUCACGGCAUGGAAGACUCUGGAGACCUAUGUACCGCACAAGAUUCGCAACCUAGGCAUCUCUAACACGACACUCCCGAUCCUUAAAGCACUCAACGAUGCUGUCACUGUCAAACCCAGCGUCGUUCAAAACCGCUUCUACCCUGAUACAAGCUUCGAGGUGGAGCUCAGAGCUUACUGCCGAGAGCAAGGAAUUGCUUUCCAGUCAUUCUGGACAUUCAGCGCCAAUCCUAGACUUGCUGCUACCAAGCCAGUUAAUACGAUCGCAGAGAAGGCUGGUGUUGCCCAGGUAGCUGCUUACUAUUCCCUGGUCUUGGGUCUCGAAGGUGUAACGGUCCUGGAUGGAACAACGACCGAGAGUCACAUGAAGGAUGAUCUUGAGUGCAUUGAGAAAGUUGCUACUUGGGCGGAGACGGACGGGACAGCUGAAUGGAAUUCUGCUUUGAGAGAGUUUAAGCAGAGUAUAGGAGAAGUUUGA